AUGGAUCUGCUUUUCAAAUCUAAGAGGCACCUUGUUCGAUUUUCGUGUUUUUGGGCCUGGCUUUAUUUUGUCUUGUUAGGUAAGCAUACUUCCUAAAUUAUACCUCAAAGCCAUUGAACUCCAUCCGGGCAUGGCUAUUUGGAAAUCGUCUCGUUCACGGCAGUAAUUCUGCCAUUUCUUGAGUGGAAAAAUAACUCUAGGAUGCUGGUAUUUAAAUUAUAUGUUUAACAAGCUCUUGAAGGUGAUAUGCAGGCAACGAAUUCCAAGAUUAGGGCAGUUAGUUGUCGCCCGUUCAUAAUAUGGAGGAAAGCAAUGUACUUCGUCGGCUUUCUCUUUGUCUCUUAUCUUCAUUUUUAUUCUUUUCAAAUCGGAUUGGAAAAAAAUAAUUAAAUGGACGCUUUUCUAAUCAUCCUAAUUUCAAAGUGCAGUGUGUGUUUAUAAUUUUUCAGAAAAAAAUCUUAGUGGCAAGGGUCGCUUCUGCUGUUCAGAAACUUGCAUUCAACUUAAACUUAUCUUUGUCCUCAACAUUAAGGGUUUUGUAAAACUUGGUGCAACGUGCAUAGCGCAAACUUAAUUUUUAACGUUGUGUUUUAUUGUUAGGUUCAUCGCUUACGGAUUCACAGUUGACUAUUACAUGGGAUGAACAGCCAUCUUCACAAACUGUAAACGUGGGUGCUACUUUGACAUUUCGAUGCGCAGCGACUGUUACUAAAAAUAAAAAAAUAGAGUAUAACUGGUCCCACGACAAUAAAACUAUUCAGACAAACUCUAGGUUUACUAUAAAAUCAGCUGACGGCACUUUAGAAAUAACGGACACACAGCUCGACGAUCGAGGCACCUAUCAGUGUUAUGUCACGAGGCCAGGUAGAACUAAAAUCCUCGGAAAAAGCAAUACAGCAACGCUAGAUGUCAAAGGUAAGAUUACAUCAAGACUAACAAAGCUUCAAUCACGAGAGUCUUUCAGGGCGUUAAAAUUUUCCCCGCGGCUUUCAUCUCCUUGUACAUUUCCGAAAUCUCUGCGAGGAUGUUUUCAAUUUCUCUGCCUGGGGCAUUGAAUAAAACAGUUGUGAAGACAGAACGCGUGGUGAAAUUAUUCUAAAGCUCCGCAUGUUUCUGUAAUAAACAGUUUAAUGAUAUCAGUGUCUUGCAGAGCUCCGUAAAAAAAUCUUCUUGUGGCUGCUGCAAAUUACACUUUCAUUUGCGCCCUGUGUAUUUAUCAUGGUAUCAAAGUACUUAACAUCGAACAGAAAUCAACAAGUUGCUUUUAUGUGUCCGCCUCAAGUCCAUUAUGUGUGCUUAUAUCCGUUUUUAAGUUCAGACCUCUGUCUUUGAAUUGCGGUAUUGUUCAAAUUUGAGUGAAGUUACGCGAUCGAUGGCAAGUGGUGGUUCUAUUCGUUGUUUACUCCAUUGUGCCGAUUUGUGGUGUUUGUUGGCACUUCUGUUUAAAGUUCUAGUUGAUGUAAUAUUUUCCACUUGGCCCAGACAAUGGACAUUUUAAUGUUGGUUUGGGUAUAAAUCCAAUUGAAAGUUUAAGGUUCGUCAUGUUGACGGAAAAUUCUCUAAAUGCGAUUGAUGUGUAGUAAUGCAAGGGCAGAAAUUUGACAUACUUUGCGGUAAAAUGGUAAUCUUAUAGCUUUUCCUCUUCGGAUCAAGUUUUCGUUUGGAAUGAUACAAAGAAUUCUGCUGAGGUAGUUUCAGUAGGUAUUUUUGCGCAUCUUUGAUAUAUUUUUCUCUCUUGAGGGGGUUUUUUGUAAGUGCCACAAAAACUACUUCGUUUUUAAAGCUUAUUAUGUUUGAUUGAAGAUAAGAUCUACAAUGCCGCGCUGUCUGAGUGUUCCCGUCUAAUCAACCAUUUUCACAAUUGAAGCUGUAUUGGUUGUCUCCUUGAGUGAGUUGUCAAUAAUUAUUAUUUUGUAAACUUAUUUCCUGCAUCACGUCUUAAAGGGUUACUUGUUCUUUUAACCGAAAUCACUGUCCCUUUUAACUUUUGAAUAAUUUAUCUGUAUUAGUGACUUUAUGCAUUAUGCGAGAAACAACUCCCAUGUUUGCAGUUUGACAGCUGUUCUUGAGAUCUCUCAAAAGCGCCGGGAGGUUUGCCAGUGUAAAUAAAUUAUUAUUUGAUUUGGGAGAUUGCUUUGAGGGCUUGAAGAAAAAUGUGAUGACAAAAAGAAGUCACUGAGACUUGGCACACUUUUAGACUUCAGUGCAUGCUCAAAAAAACUUAUUGUGAAAGGAAUUUUUUUGCCAUUAUGUGAGAUAAGUCAUCCUCAUUAGAAGGACUUUAAUAUGCGUUCCGAUAAAGAGAACCGUAUUCAAGAACUAAUGAUCAACACCACUCGAUCGUCGGAGUUGUAAAAUGAAAUUGAUGUUGUUGAAUUUAGUUGUGAGAUCUUUUUAAAUGAUUGUUUUCUUUUAGUGACGACCCCAUUGCAAUCCUUAUUCUUUGUGUCCAAGAAAAUUUUUUCUGUCAUUAAAUUUAGUUAAAUGCAAAUUUUUACAGUGAUUUUAUAACUAUCAAAUUUAAUUAUUUUUUGACCUUCAGCUUGUUCAUUUUUCUAAUUUCUUGAACUUUUUUCCACCUCAGAGAUUAAUCAUUCCCAUCGUCAAAAUUUUAGAUAAGUCUUCAAUUAAAGACAAAAAAAUACUGCCAUAUGAAAUUUUGGCCGCAUAUCAUUGAUUGUUUUCCGGAAUAAGAACACCGAAAAAUUCUAGGUACAAAUCUCUUGUGCCAUGAUAUUUUUUAUACCAUUUUAACACUACAUUCAUUGGAAUUUUUAUAUCAAAUUGAUUUCUAGAUAUUCCAAUGCAAUGAAUCCUCAAGCAAAUGAUUAAUUUUUCCAGAGCUUAUUCUGUAAAUUCUUAUUCAGAAAUACUGUUUAUCAAACAUGCCCCAGCUGUAAUGUACAUUAUAGGAAGGUUUCAUUUAAAUUGUUACCACAUAAGUUCGUAAUGUGCCACCAUAGGAGAUAAUGUGAAUUGGAGGGUUACAGCUAAGCUGCAAAUAACAGGCAGUUAUUGGGAAUUGGCCCAUGUUUGACGAAAUCUUAAAUGUGGUCGGACAUAAUGUCUGGACAAAAUUAAUACACCAAAUUAAAGAGUAGAAUAAUCUACCUUGGGUGUGCUCAGUGAAUUGUUGUAUCAACAAAAUAACAUUAUUGCAAUGAAUACAGGAUACAGUGUAGUAUUCAAUCUACCUGCCAGUCACACUUUUCUUCAUGCACAGUAAUUUUUAGUAGAGAGGCUGAAUGCGUCCUUGAUUACGUUGGAACACCACAUAAUAUGAUAUCUCGCAAUGAUCUAUGAAGAGAAAAUAGAGGUUCUGUGAACAGACAAGACAUGUCCUUUGAAGAAAAAAAAGUAAAAUUGAUUGUUUCAGUGUAUAUUCAAUCAAGGUCUCAAGUUGACGCAGUUAAAUAAGACUUAAAGAAAAACCAGUUAUUUGCAUCGUGGUUCAGGUACAAAGAUGAAAUACUAAAAAAAUACCAUUCAAAUGUAAAAAUCUUCAUGAAAAAAAUGUAUAUGUAAUAGCUAUUUGGUAUGCAUCAAAAAGUUCUGCCAAUAGUAUAAUUUUCAAUUCCACUGUUUUGGUCUAGAAAAUAACCUUUGCUCCAAAUGUGCUAACCUCUAUGUUAAGUUCUUAUCUUCAAAGCAUUUGCCUGUUUUUUGGCAGUUUAGGUUGUUCUAGCAGAUUUGCUCAGUUAUCAUCUGUCAAGUGGUAUUUAUGUCAUUUUUGCUAGAUUUUUGAGGCCGCAGUCUGGCUAUUCUGUCAUUGCACAACAUGUGAAAUCUUCUGCCAUUAUCUUGCCGCUGAGGAAACAGCUAGGCUGUCACGCCACUUUUUUUGUGUGACAGCUGUGUAGUGUGUCUUUUUUUAAGUUUAUUUGAUGCCUUUAGAAUAAUGUGAAACCACCGACACUGGCACCUAUUUCCCCCUGCUUAACCUCUUAACUCUUUAAGCCCCAAUAAUGACCAGCGUCUAAUUUCUCCCAACAAUAACACUGCCUGAUCAAACAGACAGGUAAUGGGAAUUAAUGAAAUGAUCACCAAAGAUGAAAUGUUGUGAUGUUAGCGCAUAUUCUCUCAAGCAGUACCAUAAGGAAUGUAUGAAGAACAGUGUGGAGAAGAUGUAUGUUGAUGUUGGGGUUUAAAAGGUUAAACCCUAAUAUCAAAAUUGAAAUGCUCAUUUAAUGUCCUUAUACUUUUUCAAUAGAAGUAGUGGGGAGAAUUUGUUGAAAUAUCAGUAAAAUAAUUAUUACAUUCAUCUUCCAGGAUCAUGUACUCAAUUCUCAUGACCACUCAGUUUUUUACAGCAUUGAUAUUAUAAGGAGAAAUUUCAUGCUGAUCACUCUUAGGGCUUAAUCAUGUAUGAUACAUGAAGGUUACCCAUAAUAGCAAUAUUAUUGCCAGGUGCUAAUGUGUGAAACAUAUAAAAUAUUAUGUAAUGAUAGUCCUAGGACCUCUAGCAUUCUUUGUUAUAUGGCAAAAUAGUUUUUCCACUCAAGAAUGUUUCCAUUUUCUCGCAAAUGUCAAGAAAAAGAAAAACAGUUUACAAAAUAAGAUGUAUUUUUACCUCAUUUGUGAGGAUAUUUCGUGGUGUUGAAAGAAUUCAAACCCAUUAGUUGAGUUGCAAACAAUAGCCAAGAAAAGUUUACAAUUCAGAUGUUUCCAAUAUAGUAUUUCUGUGAUUUAGAUUGAGAGGAGAUUGUGUUACAAAGCAGUCAGUUGAAAAUCUAGAGGUAAAAUACAUGUACACAUCCUGCUCUGUGAAAUUCUUGUAAACAUUGUUGUUUAAACAGACAGAAGUAUAGUAUGUUCUUAUCUGGAUCAUUUUUAGGCUUUGUAUAGAGGCAUAUUGGUUCCUCUGCAAACUUAUCUCUGAAUAAUGAUAUUUUUAGUCUGGGUGGGUGGGAUUAAAGUAGAUUAGAACUAAUCUUGGAUUAAGGUCUCUGAAAUUUAAUCCUCUUGUUUAAAGCUGAGAAAAUUCACCAGUUAGUGCAGUCAUUGUGUAUAAUUAUGAUAAAUCUGGCAAAAGCCUGUUUUAAAGUCAAAACUUAAUUACGUACAGCUGUUCUGCAAAUACCAUCUUUGCACCAUAAGGUGAACAGUUAAUGACAUUGUGUGGGUUGUGUCUGCUAAUAUUAUUUUCAUCGCGCAAGUUACUUUUAGAGCUUACUUGCCCAAUGUGUGAGGUCUAGGCAAGUCAUCCUCUAACAAAAUCAUUAAAUAAGACGAGUAAGAAGUGGUCCUGAUCAAGCAAAAUGUUAGAGCUGCUUCUGCUGUAAUUCAACUUUUUCGAGCCCUUCUCAGUCAAGGAUUGACUGACUGAAUGCCCAUUGCUACCACAGGUUUAUCUUAUUUGAAUGUCAUAAAUUUACAAGGUCUUCAUUUCAAUAAUACAAUGUGAUGAUUUAUCCUGCUGACUAAUGUGGCAGUGUAAUUUGCAGGAUUUGGUUUCUAGUACAGAAAAGAUGCAUUGAUGCCAGUUUUAAUACAUGUAUUUUUUCAAAUAAGGGCCAUCCCUGAUUAAGGGCCCCAUCUGGGACAGAAAAGUUAAUAAGCACUGCCCCAAAUCCGAAUAAGCUACACGGCCCUGAUAUAAUCAAAAUCAAAGGACGUUGAUUCUUAUAUUUUAAAACCGAAUAUGAUAAUACCAAAUGCCACUCUCAAAUAAGCUGCUCCCUCGAGUAAGUGUCUCAUUUGAGGCAUGGAGAAUUUUAUAAGUGUCAUGGUGCUUAUUCAAGUACAUAAUUAUGUUAGUUAAAGCCCUGAUGAGCCAUAAAUGGACCUGCAGUUUUAUUAUUAUUUGUUUUACAGGGGUCUGUCCAACAGCACAGAUAAUUGUUAAAUCUGGCAGUAGUUUAUUCCUAACUGGAAGUGAUAUACAAAUACGAUGCAAGUGCUAUAUGAACCCAUCUGGAACAUACACAUUUUUAAAAGAUGGUGCUACCCUAAAUUCAGGUGGACACAUCACAGUGGAUCGUAACAAGGUCCUCAUUAAAAAUGCAACUACUGAGGAUAGCGGGAGUUACACAUGCACAGCAUCUUCACCAUCAUCUGUUACCAAAACGCCAGAUUCACCAUUAUCCAUCUCUGUCAUUGGUAUGUUCAAAAAAUCCCCAUUUUUAUUUUGUAAAUUACUGUUCUCACUCUGAAUAGCAGUCAAAGGAAAAAAUUCACAUAAAUUCCUGAGUCGGAGACUCAGAGUUUUUUCUUUGUCCCACGCUCAUGACAUGCUGAUUAUUUCAUCUUCACAUUUGUUCACCAAGCUUAAAAUUCACCGUCUUUUCAUGUUAUCGUUUUGUAAAAUCCUGAUAAAAAAAAAACAGCCCUAUGCCAAAGUUCUGCCAGAUAGGCUACAUUUGAAUGGUAACAUCAUAGGAUUUCAUCCAAAGAUUUAUGUAUAAUGUAGAAGGACAAAGCAUCCCGUCAUUCUCUGCUUUACAGUUCAGUGUACCAGGUAAAAAGGAAGGGUUUUGAAAAAAGCAGGAUUAAUGGUACCAUGUAAAAGUAAAGCUGAAUCCUAUCAAUAUUGUUACCAGUGAAUAAGCCAUAGAAAUUUGGUCAUGUUGUAAGGCUGUAUUAGGUGAAUAUAGUAAUACAUGUAUGUGCCAACUCUCGUGGAAAAACAUUUUAUAAAAAUCUCCCAGAUAUGGGUAUGGGAGAAGGGUGAUGUGUACCACAAAGGAGACAGUUCCUAGAUUUUACAUCUCUAGAUGUUAGCAUCAGUGGAUCAGUACAUAUAAAUUAUUGGAAUUUCAGAAUUGGCCAGAUCUGUAUUUUACCCUGAAUCAAAUUUUAAUUCAUGUUCUUGUCUUGUUCCAGUUGGGCAGCAUCCUCAGUUCCUGCAACCGCCUCCAGCAACAUCUUGGGUUAUAGAAGGGAAAUCGGCAAAGAUUCCCUGUAAAACAAUUGGCAAUCCAACACCCAUAAUUAACUGGUAUGCUGGUGGUGAUGUCAACCCAUUGCAGAACAGUUCCAAAUACAGUAUUAAUGCUGAUGGGUCGCUUGAGAUUAAAAAUGCUGACAGCCAAGAUGCCAUUAUGUACAAGUGUACUGCUACUAACUUAGUGAACAAAACCGCCAAGGAUACCACUUUAGAACUAGCUUGUAAGUAACCCACAUCAAUAGUGGUCAGUAUCAAAAAAUAGAAAGAUAUUAAUAAUAAUAAUAAAUUUAUUAUCAUUUCUUUUGUCUUUGUUUUGCCUACUGUUGACAGGGCAACAGCAAAGUUCUUAAGCCAAUUUUCAUGGGUUGUAACAGUCACUUUUCCUGAUAGACUAUAGGCCGUAGUACCUGGAGCAUAACGGCCAGACCGAGACAGAGAAGCUUUUUCUUACAUGUGAAGCUAUUUGAACACCCUUGUUGAUCUCGAACAACGUGGGAGCAAUGUCACGAGUUUGACUUUCAUGUAGCCUUACUUUUAUUUAGCCAUGUUUACCUUAUGAAAGUUUAUGUGGUAAUAAGUACUAGAAUUUUAGAAUUUUUUACAUCACUUUUAAUUAAUACUUUAUUGAAUUAACCAUAGCGACUCAACACAGUGACAGGGGAUGAAACAGGACUUGCAUCCCAAUUGAUAUCAACCCCUUCAUUACCCACCCAGCCCGUGAAAGGUUGUACCAUACCACCGGGGUUUACACCCCCUACUCUUUAUAAACAGCAGUGUGGUUACUUUUAUGUCCCACACGAAUCAGAACAGUGAAAGAGUUGUGAGAGGGGGCCUAUGGUUUUUCGUCGUUAUCGAGAACUGGCAUUUAAUAUCACUAUUCUGGUUUCCUUUCAUGAUAAUGUAGGAAAAUCUGGCAACAAAUGUUUCACAUUCCUUUCAUGUGUAUUCUGAACACUUUAAGUAACAAAACUUAUCUUUAAACAUGCAGAUUUAGAUGAUGUGACAUUCCCUACAUCUACUCUCUACAUCCUAAAAAAUGACAAAACAGAAGUGCUGUGUAAGAAGCCUAAAGGAUCACCUGUUCCAUCCAUCAAUUGGCUUAAAGGUGGCCAGGCACUCCCAACAAAAAAAUUCAUCAAGCAGGGCUGUUGUACGCUUGAGAAAAACAGAACAAAACUAACUGAUACUGGAAACUUUACCUGUGUGGCAACAAAUGGUUAUGUAACCAAAUCCAAGACUAUUCAGAUAGUUGUGUCUGGUAAGCUUGAUAAUGCUACUUAUUUAUACUACGUUUAAUCGUUGAACAUAAUCAGUACAGUGUAUUUUUUCGGGUCUAAGGUACAGCGUUUCUUUAAAAGAAACGCUCUCUGAUAUUUCCAAAUUGGAAAAUUUUACUUCAGACAACAACAUACAGCUGCAUGUGUAAAAUUUUGUCACAUUCUUAACCUUCCUUCUUUUAACCUUGUUUAGAAAGCUUCGUAAUGUUUUAGUAGAACUGUAAGAGCUAUUUUAUCACAGAUAUUUUGGUAAAUUUUUCAGAUUAACAAAAUGUUUAUAUUCAUGCAUUAUGCGAUCAAUAUUGUUACUACCAAUUGAUUCCAAUGUGCUGCAAUGGAAAGUUUCAAAAGUUUAGGCAUGUUUAUUGAUCCGAAAACUUAAUUCCCUUGGCUCAGUUUUUAGUGAAUUAAUUUUAACCCCUCUGAAUUAAACCUCUUGUUAGACAAACUUGUCUUAUCUCUCGGGAGUUCGAGUUAGUGAGGGUUUUAAUCACUGUUCACACACGCACUAAUGGGUACAUAAACACAACAGAAUACAUUUUACAGUUUUGACUGCAUGCAAAGUACAUGUAUGUUCUCAUUUGCUGCUGUCUAGAACAACCCCAAAUUACUCAGAAACCUGAUGACCAGACAUUAAAGGAAGACAAGAAGGCUGUCUUAAACUGCACAGUGAAGUCUGUCCCUCCAGCCAAAAUCUCCUGGUGGAAAGAUCGUAAAGAGGUGCAGGAAGACAGUGAACAUAUCUUUGAGGAAGUUGAUGGUGGACUUGGAAAAAGACUGGUGAUUCCAAAGGUCAAGCCCUCAGACAAUGGUACUUACGAAUGCUUGGCUGAUCACCCGGGAGGCUGGGCUGACCAAGCACAAGCCAUACUCGUAGUUAAAGGUAAGUGAAGUUUGUUUUAGGACAGGUUCUUCGGUGGAAUAAAUAAUAUCCUUUAAGUAAAGUUCCUUGUCUAAGGAAACAAUGCAAUGGGUGAUGUUCGAACCAUGGACCUCCUGAUCCAUAGUUUUAGGGUAAUGACACAGUAAACAUUCCAGAAAUAUUUCAAAUGUUCAUGGUUUUGCCGCUUUGACUGUAAAAUCCUCCGUAAAAAGUAACUUGAGAAAUUUUGCAUUGCAUUCAUGCAUUUGAGGGAGAUGCAUGGGUUUGGCGUAAAAGUACAUUGUAUAAAAUCUGUUUUCUCUUUUAUGUUCUGAUUGCCACUGCUGCUCUGAUGUAAAAUGGCUGCUUAUGCUGUUGAAUUCAAACUAACAUGCUUUAUCUCGGUAUAAACUGCAUUUUCUUUGCUUUCAGGUAAGGUUAAGCUCAAGGGCAUUCCAUUCAUGUCUGUAAAUGCCAACCUCCACGUUUCUCAGAAGAUCGAGUGUGACUUUGAAGGAUACCCGCCAAUCACUAUCACAUGGUUAAAGAAAAGUGGAAUCCAAAUUGAAAACAAUCCACGCAUUAACCAAUCAAGUAAUGUGUUGACUUUCAGCGGCGUCGAAAAAGAAGAUGCUGGAACGUACUGGUGUACUGGUAGAAAUGGAUUUAGCAGCUUUACAAGCUACGUUAACAUCACUGUUUUUGGUAAGAUUAUUGAGAUGUGACUUCUUGAUUAGUAUUUAGCUUGAGUUACGUCCACACAAGUACAUCUAUGUUUACAGAGACAGUUUGUGAAUGUAUAACUUUCUUUGAUUAUGGCUUCUGUUCAAACUUGAAUGGAGGCGAACGUGUUUUCAUAAACAGUCUCCAGAUUGGAGAGGCUGGUAAAAAGACAAAUAGGUCCUCGUGUAGACUUCAUUUAAGUAUGAUCAUGGCUACAGACUUGAAUAUUAAAUAAGGUGGAGCAGUUCAAGUAGGGGAGGGCACUCAACAGGAAAAUAGUAGUUGUGCAUGAGGGAGCAGUGUUAUGACAUUUUGAUCUCAUCUACAAAUUAAUGAUGAUCAUGGAAGCAUGUAGCGAGGCUGAUUUCCACAGAUCAGCAAUUCACAUUGGGGAAAAUUUAGCUUAAGUUGAUGUAUUCCCUCCAAAGAAUCCAGAUCUCUUGAAAAACACUAAGAGAAGAAAUUGAAGUCAACAUACAUGUACAUCUAUAGAGUGGUCCGCAAAGGAGGGCAAAGGAAAUUUGAAUUACAAAUUAUUUAGAGCACUUUGAAAACUGAGAAAAUAUUCUGAAUUUUUUAAUUUAUGGCAGCCUUGACAAAGAGUUUUAAUGGAGUGUGAAUACACCCUCGUAUAUGCCUGCGAGCAAGCUCUCCAUUUUGGCAAGAAGUCUUGAAAGAGUAGGACGUGAAAGGAGACGCGCGUUCGCUCGCCUGGGGAGUGUGCUCGUGGGCUAACCCUCUAUUUACCUUUGAGAUACAAAUCCAAAAGUUGUCUUGAGCUUUGAAUGUGUAGUAAUAUUAUGGUUGCAAAAUAUAAUGAUCUACAAUAAUUGAAAAAAGAAACCAACGUGAAUUUUAAGUAGCUACCCAUAACCACCUUGAGUCUCAGGUGUUCCCCCCUGCUCACACCCUGCUGACCUGGGGUGGAAGGGGGGGAGGGGCUGGGACAACUGCUGGCCUUCUCCCAGUUAGCUUUCCCUCAGUUACAUCCAACUACUUUAGGUGACCUAAAACGUUUAUAGGGAAGGAUUUAGUAUUGAUGUCACUGUCUCUGUUAACAGUGUAUCCUAGAUUUUUGACACGGCCAAAGAAUACAACAGCUUAUGUCGACGACCACAUCUGGCUUCACUGCAAUGCUUCAGGUGACCCUAAGCCCAAAAUAAGCUGGAGUAAAGACGUGGAGGGAGGAGACAAACUAGACCCUAAUAGAUUCAUUCAACACCCGAAUGGAACACUCCACAUUAAGGAAGUGCGUAUGUCGGACCGAGGACGCUACUACUGCAUCGCUGCUAACCAUGCUGAAAUGAAACAAAGCAAGUUCAGCCUUGUGGUCCAGGGUAAGGAGAAUUUAUUUUUUGAAUUAGACUCCCUUAAACUCCCUUAAGCUUCGUAGCCUUCCACUCCUGAAAGUGGCCAUUGUUAGAAGAGACAAAGUAUUGUCACGCGUGCUCACGUAAUGCACUUGCCCUACAGUUCCUGAUGCUCUCAGUCUGCGUCUUAGUAGUCUCCAUUUGAAUGGUGACACUCCAAUGCAAGGCCAACCUUGUACAGCAAAAUAAACGGUACCGCAGCAAAGUACGGUUCAGUAGUCUUCAUUUGAAUGGUAACAAUUCAGGAUUUCAUCCACAGACUCAAAAAUUAGAACCACUUUGUACAGCAUAAUAAAUAGGUUGAAAGGUUUGAACCCAGGAUUCAUUUCAAAAAUAGCUUGAGUUUGAUCGUCCGGGUGAACGUAGUCCUGAAUAGGACUGUUGUUGUUGACAGUGACUGACGUUUCGACAACCUGUGCGGUAGUCAUCUUCCGAGUCAAAGUGAGUUGUAUCACGUCAGUUGAUGGUAUUAUACUCUGGUUAUUGGUCUGAUUGGUCAAUUAUGUCGCGAUGUUAUUGGUCGUCUGUCAGUUAAGCUGUGAUGUUAUGAAAUAAUAAAUAGUACCACUGAAAAGUACUUUUUCAGUGGCUUCAAUUUGAACGGUAACCCAAAGUUUACGGAUUUCAUCUACCGACUCAAAAGUUAGAACCACCUUGUACAGUGUAUUGUAAUGGUCAGUACCACAUGAAGUUACUGUUCAAUGGCUUUCAUUUGAGUCGCAACACUUUAGGAUUUUUAUCCACAGACUCAAAAGUGAGACCUAGACACCAUAUACAGCACCUUAUACAUUCCCACUAUACUGUUAGAGCGGUUUUCACUUGACUGUCGUAAAACCAAAACCAAAGUAAAUACACUAGCCAACCAAAGGGCGUAGUAAAACCAAAACCAAAACCAAAACCAAUCCCUUUCGACAGUCAAGUGAAAACCGCUCUAAUUGUUCUGUACAAAGUGGCUUAGUUUUUGACUCCAAUUAGAAUUGCAAACUCUUGGAAAUGUUUGUCUUGCUAACAUAACUAACUCACCGUUUGCCCGCUCUCGUGUAGAUCGUGGUACAGAUGGAGAAGCUUUAUAUAAUGAAAAAAAUAACCCUGGGAAAGGCAAGUCUUCCUCUGUGGAGUCCAUGGGAAGAACUAUAGGUAUUGCUGUGGGUUGUGCAGCAGCGUAUAUCGUUCUUGUCGUCGGUUUAAUGAUCUACUGCAAAGGAAGAAGAGCAAGACAGAGCAAGAAAGAAGAAAUCAUGGCUCCCGAGUGCGAGAACUGUAAGUGUUUAUCUUUGCCCAUUUGCUAAGUUUUUGCUACUCGUUUUGUACGUUCAACUUCGAGUGAGAUGCCUUGCCUUUUUCUAGCUACUCGAAAGCAAAACUGCAGCGAGAAGUCAAAAUAUUAGGACAAAUUGAAUUCCAACUUAAGAUCUAAUUAUUGUGAUUGUUAUUGUUAUUUUUAUUAUCAUCAUCAUCAUCAUCAUUAUUAGUGAUCAAAAUACCUUGAAGCGAGUGGCUUCCCACUUCAACGAACUGGCCUCUUUUACGAGUUUUCUCACCAGUUUUCUUACUCUUUCCACAAGUUCGGGCCUGCAUUGUAAUGAGCGCAUGUUAGCCGUUCUUACCCAUGUGUCUUUUAUAAACGUCAGCGUUAACAAAAGGUCGUUCACGAAACCCAAGCAAACAUAACGAUUUUUGUUAAACGGGGAAGAUUUUCCCUACUCGACAGAGAAGACAAGAAAAAAAGAAAGGCUCAAUUUGUUUCCCAUUUAAGAAUGCUCGUUCUUGCUCGUUUAUUAUUGGUGGGUCUGGCUGCGUCAAGCAACUUAAGAAUAGGUGGGAAUUUUCCGCAACCAUUCCGUUUCUAGCAGAGGAUUUUUUUGCAUGGUAUCUCAGACAACUCAUACUUGGGUAAUUGACAAGUGUAUGAAGCAAAACACACACGGAACGUUUUGAAAAACUCCCACCUAAUUUUAAGUUGCUUUUCAAACAUGGCCCUGCUUAGCUCAGAUGACGCCCGUUUAAGUAGUUACUCUGGAGCUUAGGCAAAUACGUUUUUGACCGGGGGGGGGGUCGAGGCUAAUAGGGAUGUGCCGCUGGAUGGGGUCGCAUUUUCACGACUGGAUUGAUUAUAAUGGGGUCGCAUUUUCAAUAGAGUCACUAGAAUGGGCUCGCACAUUUUCGGAUUUUGGGGCGUAAGACAGAUCUUCAUAUGGUUAGCAAACGUACCAGAAUGUUUGUACUGCAGAUGUAAAGUAAUGUGUGCUUCAUUCAAUCUGGAAAAUGGGUCAAUUCAUAAAAAUAGAAAGUGACUAAGAUGGGAUCGCGAAAAUUACGUAUUUGCCCAAAAGUGAUAAGAUGGGGUCCACUUCCGGUUGCCGUGCGUUGCUGAAAAACGUCUUUGCGUAAUCAUCCUACUGUCGUUUUAGGAGUAACUCCUACCCCCUUUUUUCUCAAUGACAGUAAACAAUGGUGACAUCGAACACCAAGGCGGAGAUCCUAACGACAUGACCAUGAACCCGGUCUACAAAUCCCAGCCCAGCUACGACAAAAUGGAGUUUCCCAGGCACGACUUAGAAGCACUAAGGAGCCUGGGUAACGGCGGGUAUGGCCGAUCGUUCCUGGCACGAGCCAGUGGCAUUCGCGACGGCGAGAAGGAGACCAUGGUAGUUGUUAAGGCGUUGGCUAGUAGUGAUGACCAGGUGCGCGAAGAGUUCACGAAAGAAAUGGACGCGUUGUGUGGACUGCAGCACGACAGUGUUGUUGCUCUUCUUGGGAUGUGCAGGGAAGAGGAACCAAUUUACAUGAUAUUUGAAUCAGCUGAAAAGGUUUGUACAUGUAAUUCUUAACUUGCUUUUUUAGUAUAUAUUCAACCAUAGCCUGCGAAUGCAGUCGUCUCGCAUGACUCUUUUCCGUUGGGGACGAAACACGUUUCGCGGGAGAGACGUUUGCGAUUCUACCCCCAGAAUUCCAUACUGAUGACUGUGGUUUUUCUAAAAUCAGGUCAUCGUGCGCUGGUUGGUCGACGUAGUUCUAUUCUUUUAGUUGUUUGUGAUUGACAGAUAAAAAGCAAAAGGUCACAAUGAUCAAAUUUACUAAACGUCAUGAAUCUACUAAGAAGAAACAGUCAUUAUUCAGGGAAUAUAUUCUUCGUUACAAGAAGCACUGGAGAUUGCCGCCGCUUAUUCGCAGAACUCAAAACUUAACGAUAAUAGACCAGGAGAAAAUAAACAAAACUCGAACAAAUUUACAUGUGGGUUUCCAUGAGUACCAGAUUAAUUAUGUAAACAGUGAUUCACGUCAUCAGUAUGGUAUUUUUGAGGCCGAAUCGCAGACGUCUCUCUCGCGAAACGUACCCGGUGGCGAAGAGACGAGGAAAAAGUUUAUUCGUAGGUUAGAAAGACCAACGCAAGUCGGUUGAGAGAUCCCUUACUGUAGGGAGUUAUCUUUUUUUUGGAGUCAAAGAGUUUGCGAUGGAUACCCCGGAAAGGGUGAGAGAGUUCUGUGUCAAAAUGCGCAAGUCUUGUCUAAUCUUGCCAGAAGACAGUUCUGUUUCCCGUACAAUUUACGUUAUCUUUUUUCUCUUCCUUUUUAGGGCGACUUGAAGCAGUUUCUGCUCUCAUGUUACGAUAAUGGCCGCAGCACUUUGAACUCAAGUCAAAAACUCUCCAUCUGCGAGCAGUUGGCCUCUGGAAUGAGUUACCUCAGUUCGCAAGAAUUUGUGCACAAAGACCUCGCCGCGAGAAACUGCAUGGUUGGCAAGGACCUCAAAGUCAAAAUCGGUUUCUUGAGUUUGAGCUACGAUCUCUACAAUGCCGAGUACUUCCGCUUCAACAACGUGCUGAUUCCCCUGCGUUGGAUGCCCCCAGAAGCGAUCUUUGACGAUGAUUUCACAGAAAAGAGCGAUGUCUGGUCAUACGGUGUGCUGGUUUGGGAGAUUUACACGUUCGGUCAGAUGCCCUACCACGAUCGGUCCAAUGAAGAGGUUCUGAAAUGCGUUAAGAAUGACCUUCGUCUUAACAAGCCCGACAACUGCCCGGACACCGUGUUGGAGGUAAUGGAGAAAUGUUGGGAAGGCAACCCGCUCGCUCGACCGUCCUUCCAAGAAGUUUUGGAUGACGUGUCUGGAAUAAGCGUGGACAGCCAUGUUUAACCGAGUCCAUCUUCUUGUACGCUGUGGUCUUGCUGAACGUGUUUUUCUCAAAGUAUUGUAGAUCCGAACCUGUGUUCAUUCUGGUUGAACUAGUUAAUGAUAAUUACAAAUCAAAAUGUAAACUGAGGGUUGCCUGUAAUGCCUUUCCCGUGGCACGUGAUUUGCAUGUGAUUUCUUUUGCGCAAGGACAUGAACAGUCACGAAGGCAUUUAGAGGAAUCACGAAAUUGGGAUUGGAAAUUCACGUUCAGCCUGGGAAUCGUCACCGUUGUUCCUUCAGGGGCAGCUUCCAUCCCAGCUAAUAUUUGAAAUGUAUUUUCUUAGGGUUUUGCUUGAUUUUCCCUUUUACGCUUUACGCUUAUAGUUUGGGAUGUAGCUUCCCUAGGAUGGAUUAAUCAGACGAAAAAUCGCCCGCUUUGAGUCAGCUGUGGUGUCAGUGACCAUGUGGGAAUCACCAGGGAUAUGCGCAUGCGUAUAAUAAAUUUCGAAAUUUGGACGUUUCGCGUCAAAGAAGUGAACUAGACAAAAUCGUCGAAACCAACAGUAAUUGUUUUUAAUGAAAUGGUCUUUACUGGGGCAUAAAUCAUUAUCAACGUACGCAUCGUCACUUAGAUUCAUCCUAACACGAUUGCAAUUUGAUUUGCAGUCUUUGAUUAAAAACACAGUAUUCGCCAAGUUGUCAUAGCUUCGUAAGUACUCGAUGUCGUUACAGGUGGUUUUUCACGAGGCUUAGCCAGCCAGGUUUUGAAAGACCUACCGCGAUUUUGUGCAGUCGCUUUGUGUGGGAACCUUUACAUUUUAAAAAACUGCGCAUUUAAACUGAAUUAAACGUGCAAAAAGUCAAUAUAUGGGGUGGAAGAUUCUAAUUUAACAAUGCAUGGGAUAGGGUGUUCGUGGGUAGGCUUCGAUUUGACAGACAUUUUUUCAAAAAACUCUGUUUAUGUAAGAGCAACAUUCGUAGAGCUAAUUAGUUUACAGCUUACAUCUUUGAUUCUUAUUAUUUUAUUCGUUUUUUAUAUAGACUUUGCUGGGGUGGAGGAAGAAUAUUAAAUAAAUUUUUGAAAAAUUGAUUAAACGUUUAGUUUUGUGCGAAGGGCAAGGAAACGGGGUGUAGUAGCUGUGAUACCUAAUUCCAAAAUUUUUAUUUUAAGUCAGUGUAGAGUACUCUUCCUAUUUUUACAACUUCUCUCUAAUACUGACACACGAAAUGUUCGGAAUAAGAAAAGAGAAAUAUUUGUUUUUCAAUAUUAUGUGGUAACAAAGUGUUCAGUCUGGAAACUCGUAAAGUUAAAAACAAAACAAACAAAAAAUGGCAACUAUCUUUAGGGUUGCGCAGGUAGAAUUUCUAGUUAUUUAAGAUAGACAAUACAGAGACCUAAGUUUAAUGUUCUUAAAUUAGUUUUCUAAAUACGCUCAUUCCAUUUCAAAAGUGGAAAUUUUAUUUUAGCUGUGUUUGAUUUUGCAUGAGGUAAGGUUUUUACCAGUUAUGAUUUAAUCAGGGAAUUAAAUCGUGACAUUUUAAAAUGAUGGUUCCUACAAGCUAACCUCAUCCUCGUCCCCCUAAAGUGUGACCAUUCAACUGACAGGUACCGAGCACUACUUCGAAAUGGUAUUGUUCACGCUGUAUCAGGUGUUUCUUACUUUUGAGCCGGUGGGCUUGGUCACACCUUGUGGUGUGACCAUUUAAAUGAAAAUUCUUCAGUACUUCUCUCGCCUGGUAUCAUUUUUUUUUUAAUGGGAGAUCCUGGGCAGUCCCUUUUUAUUUUUAGGACCAUCGGAUAUUGACUGCUUAAUGUUUUGCGUGACGUAUUUAUGGUAACGCCAGUAGUGUAGGAAUAAAUAGCUUAUUUGCGUUACAUUUUUGUCUCUUAUUUUAUUGAUGUUCAGUUUACUACAAUCUUUGUUAUUGCACUGAGAUUUUAAGAGCAAGUUACAUUCUUAAGUUCAAACCAAAUUUGUCAGAGAAGUUUUAUCUCAAAAUGUAUUAGUCUUUAAAUGCAGAAAAAAAAAAUCCAUUGUCUACAGUUUAUUUUAUUUUUACUUAAUUGUAAAUAAUUGUAAUGAAUUUUUUAGAUCUUAAUCCACAACAGGAAUUAGUGUGAACUGCAUGCAAAUUAAAAUGAUCUCAGUUAAUAAAAGACAGAAGUUUGCGUUAA